CUCUUUGGCGCUGCGUUUUGGGAGAUAAUUUUCCUGCCGUUCAUUUUAUGUUUUUCUAGUCACUCGUUCAAUAUCUUUUCCCCAACGACCGGUUUUCCAUCAUGAGUGAGGUCAUAGAGCCCCAACCGCCGUCCCGGCGCCGAGUUGCUCUGACGGUGCUCUUCCAUUCCACCUGUGCGAUCUUGAGUACGAUUCUCUCCAAGUCAGCACUGAAUGGUAUCGAUGCCCCUGUGACACUGCUCGCCUUCCAGACAACAGUACAAGUUGUUCUGCUCACUACUAUCGGCUACUUUACGAAGUGGAUUACGUUGUCAAGGCCCGUUUCGGCAUGGGUUGCACUUCUUCCACUCACUGCUGCUCGACUUGUCGGCAUCCUCGCCAAGACGUACUGCUUGGCUUCGGUUAACGCUUCCGUCUACCAGAUCGCUCGCGGUCUCCUGCUCCCAUUUACUCUAAUUCUAUCGCUUAUUGUACUUCGACCGCGCCCAUACUAUCCGCCACUGUCACUUGGCGGCUGUGCUUUGGUCAUGGCCGGCUUCGGCGCCGGAAUGGCAUCUGAUUAUAGCCAGAUGCUAACAAGCGGGAAAGGCGUAUUGCUUGGAGUUAUCUCGAGUUUCACUACAGCUGUUGAGUCCGUGGUUGUAAAGCGCUUUCUCGGAAAAAGCAGCGAGGGAAUGUGGCAGAUGGUCUGGAUGUCGAAUGUCAUGGCUAUUGCAUUUUAUCUGCCGCUGCUCCUUCUGUCCGGAGAAAUGGGAACUACGGUAGCUGUUCUGAGCUCAGCGGAGACGCCUGAUGCAUCUGCUACUGCCCAUCAGUUUCUAGGCACUGCGGUGUUGACCGGUGUUGCCGGAUUUCUACUCACAAUAGCCACCUUCAUGCAGCUUGAGGUUACCAGCCCAACUACGCACAUGAUUGUAACAGCCGCACGAGGAGUAGCCCAGAGCUCCGUCGCCGUCAUAACUCUGGGAGAGCCGUUGACUGCCAACCGUGCUGGCAGCAUGGCUCUGAUCUUGAGUGGAAGUGCCCUAUAUGGCUGGGCUAAAGACCGUUAUGCACACAGCAAAAAGGACCAGACUUAUCUGCCAGUUUCUCAGGAUGCACAGCUUGAGACGCUGAACAAAGAGGGCCGGUGAGGUUUGUCCUCGACUUCAUUUUGCAAUCUUCUCUAGUCUUAUAUCGUUCUGAUUAUUUGUAUAUAUUACUUGUGGAUUUACUUGCAUCAAAACGGUUAUGCGUAGCGUUUGGUAUUUUACGCGUCUAUAGUUCAUCAGACUUGGUAUUACAGUUGUCUA